AUGGCAUCUUCUCGCAAGCUAUCUACACCUAGCGACUAUGCGGAACUUCUGUGUCGGUAUGACACUUGGCUCUUCGACUGCGACGGGGUGAUAUGGUCUGGGGAUCAUGCUACUGAGGGAGCUAGCAAGGCAAUCGACUUCUUGAGAGACCAUGGAAAACGAGUGGUAUUUGUCACGAACAAUGCGGCACGAAGUCGGAAGAUGCUGAAGACCAAGUUUGACAGACUGCGAAUCGCAGCCAGUGAGGACGAGAUUGUAUCCAGUUCCUUCGCAGCAGCUGUGUAUCUCAAGGAAGUGCUCAAGUUUCCUGCCGAUCGGAAGGUGUUUGUCAUGGGAAUGGAAGGGGUCGAAGCGGAACUUGAUGCCGUCCACAUCAAGCGAUGCGGAGGAACCGGCCCGGAGGACAACAAGUUCCUCGCCGCAAACGACUAUUCUUCGCUAGCCGGGGAGGAGGCGAUCGAUCCCAGUGUAGGUGCAGUGGUGUGUGGGUUCGACAUGCACAUGAACUACGGCAAACUCUGCAAAGCAUUCAAAUACUUGACGCGCGACGGAGCUCAAGGGCCCGUUCUUGCAGGCGAGACGGGAGGCGGUUGUCAUUUCAUUCUAACCAACGACGAUAAGGUGGUUCCGGCUUUAGGAGAGCUAUGGCCUGGCGCCGGUUCUCUCGUUACGCCAUUGAUCGCCUCGACGAAGCGCAACCCGAUCGUGAUUGGCAAACCGCAUGCGCCCAUGCUUGACACGGUCAAGUCGCUAUACAACAUCGACCCAACCCGGACGAUCUUCGUGGGGGACAACCUGUACACGGAUAUCCUGUUUGCCCGAGAGGGCCGUGUGGAUUCCCUUCUGGUCCUUACAGGGGUCACAAAAGAGGAGGACUGUCAAACCGAAGGCAUAUGGCCCACCUUCAUUGCGCCGAGUAUCAGCAACAUCGUCGCGGCGGAAUCGGGCCCGUCGAUCAUUGCAGAUGGAACCAGCACCAUCCAUGCAUCACUAUAG